AUGGGUCUCACCAUUGUCAAGUUCAAUGAUGAGGCUACAAGAGAUUUUGUUUUGGAGAAUGGAAUUGUGCAGUUUGAUAGGAAGCCGGUUAUUGUGAGGCCUUGGACUCAAGAGCUUGACUCUAUCAGAUUAGUGCGAUCUAUUCCAUUAUGGAUUCGUUUGCCAAAUUUAGGGCUGCAAUAUUGGGGGAAAAACUGUCUUAGUGCCUUGGUUAGUACAAUUGGGAAGCCUAUUAUGGUGGACAAGUUUACUAAGGAUAGAUCUAUGAUAAGGUUUGCUAGAGUGUUGGUUGAGAUGGAGAUUACAGAUGACCCUCCUUUCAUAAUCCAUUUUGUAAAUGAACGUGGACAACUUCAGGAGCAAUUUGUGGAAUAUGAAUGGCUUCCCAUUAAGUGUUCGACCUGCAAAGGCUAUGGACAUAAUGCUGCAGAAUGCAAGAAAACUGAAACAAAAGCUUGGGUCACUAAGAGCAAACCAGAUCAAAUUUCGACUAAUCUUGCUCCUGGUUCAGUGGCUGCUAAGGCAACUACAGGAGAGACAUCUGAGACUCAAGAGGAGCUUACAGUGAUAGGGACAAAGAUUAAUACAGAGGUAACUGGUACUGAUGAUGCUGUGAUUCAGGACAGGGCUCCGAUUAAAAAUAUGGUUCGGUCUCCAGCAAACAAAGAGAACUGGGAAGUUCCAAGGAAAAUUGGGACCUCAAAGAGUAAAGGCAAGACAAUGAGUUCAUACUGGAAUGUCAGGGGUUUGAAUAAGAGAGACAAACAACAUGCUAUUUUACGUCUCUUAAAGGCUGGGAUUGCUUUACUAGUCUGGCUACAGAAGGAAGGAUUCUGGUUCUGUGGAGGAGAUCCUUUGUCAAUGUUCAUGUGUUACUGGUUCACUAGCAAUUUGUACACUGUCUGCUUGUUAGCUGAGAGAUUAGAAAUGUGGAGGGGUUUAUCUUCUCUGUCAAUUCUGAACUUACCAUGGCUGGUUGUGGGAGAUUUUAACUCAGUGUUUGAAUUUGAUGAAAGAGUGGGGGGAAGGGAGAUUGGUACUAAUGAGUUAGUUGAUUCUACUGCAUGGCUAGCUCACUCUCAUCUUGCUAAACUUAAAUGUCUAAACUCCAUUGCUGAGCUACAUUGGGAGGUAUAUUCAGAUCAUUGUUUCUUCCUUAUUAAGACUCAUUCGGCUGGGAAUUUAGGAGUACAACCAUUCAGGUUCUUUAAUUGUUGGAUCACUCACAGAAAAUUUACAGAAACUGUUAUGGCAAAUUGGCUUAGGCCUAUGACAACUAGAGGAUUAUGGGGAGUGACUAAGAAGCUGAUACGCCUGAAACAUAUUCUGAGGAAGUUUAAUAGAACAGAAAUUGGAGAUAUUGAGCAGCGGUUUCUUCAAGCAAAAGGCGAGUUUCAGGAGGCUUUAACAAAAGUUCAAGAAUUCCCCUUUGAUGUCUCUGCUCAGGAGGCAGAAAAGAAAGCAGCUAUCAGUUAUAAAAUUCAUUAUGCAAGAUAUAAGAGCUUCUUGAUUCAGCGAAGUAAGGUAACGUGGCUGCAAAAAGGAGAUGAGAAUACUGCUUAUUUUCAUGCUUGCAUCAAAAAAAGGAGAGAGGAGAAUCGGAUAGUUUCUUUUCUAAAUGAUCAUGGGUACAUCAUUGAUGACUAUGAUUCAUUUGUUCAUCAUUCUUUAGCUCACUUUAAAAGUUUCAUGGGCAGCUCUAGUCUUGCUACUGGGUUUGUUAAAACAGAAUGUAUGGAAUUUGGGCCUUGUUUAGAGAUUGAUAAGCAGCUGGGUUUAAUUAGAGACUUUACAAAGGCUGAUGUGAAGAAAGCUCUUUUCAGCAUUCCGGGUACAAAGAGCCCAGGUCUAGAUGGGUACAACUCAGAUUUCUACAAAGUUUUAUGGAAGCAAAUUGGUGAUGAAAUCUCAGUGGCUGUGUUGGAUUUUUUCAAAACUGGAAGGAUGCCUACUGAGAUCAAUAAAACAAUUUAUAAGUUGGGUAAUGGUUUGUCUCAGGGGUACCUCAUAUGUACUUAUGCUGAAUGGGUGUUUGCAGGGGGAUUUCAAGGGGUUAAGGGCCUUCGUCAAGGGGACCCAAUAUCACCUUUACUGUUUGUUUUAGUAAUGGAAUACCUGUCUAGGAUGCUUCAAUUUGGAGCGAUGCAACCUGCCUUUCGGUUCCACCCAAUGUGUAAAAGUCUCAAAAUCAUCAAUUUAUGCUUUGCUAAUGAUUUAGUGAUUUUUUGCAAAGCUAACUAUAGUUCUAUUCAGAUUAUAAAACAGAUGUUUGAUGAAUUUUGCAAUAGUUCGGGUAUGAAGGCUAAUCUCAACAAGUCUCAAGUGUUCUUUGGUGGCAUAUCUGCUCAAGAUAAGACUCAGUUACAGGAAGUUCUUCAUCUUGAGGAAGGCUCUUUCUCGCUCAAAUAUCUGGGGAUUCCUAUGCGCCCUACUAAAUGGAAAGAGGUUGACUGUGGUGAAAUUUUGAAAAAAAUUAAGCUCCGUCUUCACACUUGGUCUAGUAGACAUUUAUCUUAUGUAGGAAAGGUUCAGAUUAUUACCUCUGUUCUUCUUGGGCUGCUUUGUUUGCCGAAAACUCUUGGAGGAUUGGGCUUUGGUGAAGGAUCUAAAUGGAACAAGGCCAUGCUUGGGAAGUAUAUUUGGGCAAUAAACCAUCAACAUGAGACUUUGUGGGUUAAAUGGAUUCAUACGGAGGACAUUGAUAAUGCGAGUAGUCAUGGGAAGUUUAAAAUUGGGUUGUUGUAUGCUAGGCUUAUUCACCAAGUUCCGGCCAAAUAUCAUCAAUUUGUUUGGAACCGAAUGAGUAUUCCUAAGCAUAGAUUCAUCACAUGGCAAGCUGUUAACUCUAAGCUUUUAACCAGAGAUCAUCUUAUUAGAGUUUCUAUGGUGGUUCGGCUGAUUCAAGGUUGGGUUAGAUGCACUUGGCCUCUUGGUUUCAUGGCUUGGACAAUUUGGAUUGAAUACAUGAAGGGGGGUUUUCAUGCCUCUUUAGUGGCGGCUGUUUUCUCAGCCACUUUGUAUUAUCUUUGGCAUAACAGGAACAUUUGUUAUUUUAAGCACUAUUCUCUUAGUGUUACAACUGUCAUAGAUUUGAUCAAAAAAGACAUCAUGUUUAGGCUUAGUUGUUUUAACCAUAAGAAUGUAAGAGGCAUUAAGCUUAGCUACUGA